AUGCGUCUUAUCAACAUUCACACCCUUGAACUCAGGGAAUUUACAGGCCAGCCGCCUCCUUACAUAAUACUCUCUCAUAGAUGGACCAGCAACGAGCCGACUUAUAAGCAGUUCAGGAAGCGCAAUCCAGAGCAGGAAGAGGAGAAAGACGGAAAGGAAAAGGGCAAGGCGGAGGGAAACACAUUGACUGACAACCGGAAGAUUGAAGACUUCUGUGUUUUUGUCCAAGAGCAGCAAUUUAGGCAGACAUCCCACAAUAUUUUGCGGACCUACAACGAUAUCGAUGCUGGUACUCUUGUGCAGUGGGUCUGGGUAGACACAGUGUGCAUAGACAAAAGAAGCUCCGCCGAGCUCUCCGAAGCCAUCAACAGCAUGUGGCAAUGGUAUGCUCGCGCGGACAGAUGCAUCGUGUACCUCUCCGACGUCGAGAGCACGGCUGGAAAGGGCAGAUUUUCCAAGACUCGUCCCAAACGCGCGGAUCUAGACCAGUGGAUACAAUUCGAACUCAGCGCAUGGUUUACUCGCGGUUGGACAUUGCAAGAACUGCUGGCUCCAAGAUCCGUAACUUUCUGCGACCAACAUUGGUCCAUCAUCGGCGCUCUUCUUAACUUUCAUCCAUCUCAAUUUCGGCACAUCGGCCUCGCACAACACGUAUCGUCGGCGUCCGGUAUCGAGCAGAGGUACCUGCCGGGCAGCUACUCGGCGAAGACCGUCCAAGGCGCCUGUGUAGCAGAGAAGUUCAAUUGGGCAGCGAGAAGGAGGACCACGAGACCAGAAGACAUGGCCUACUGUCUUUUAAGACUCUUGGACAUCAAUAUGCCGCUGCUGUAUGGCGAAGGGAGCCAAAAAGCAUUCCUCCGUCUGCAGCACGAGAUCAUCCGGCAGUCCGACGACGAGUCCAUCUUCGCAUGGCAAAUAAGCGCUCGUCCGAAUCAGCCUUUUGGAUUGCUCGCACCGGACGUAUCGUGGUUUGAAAGGACCAGAAAGGCCGAGAAGAUUGUUGGUCGUGAUACAGACUAUCAAUCCAGACCACCAUACGCGGUAACGAACAAGGGUAUUCUGCUCGAGACGCUGGCGUUCAAGGUAACGCGCUCGAGGUUUCAUGAAGAUAUCUCCGGCCGGAUGGAGAGUCUGGUUUUCCACUUCGCUGCACUCGAUCCUGAAGACCCUGAUGGCCCUGAUGACUUAGUAUAUAUGAUUAAGCUAAAUUGCCGCAGCGCCACGCGCCAUUCCAGAUUUGAGAAGACGGAGAGCUGCAAUAUCAUCCUUCGGGGAGGAAGGGACAACCGUGUGUGGCGGGUUAUAGCGAAUACCUUGCAUCCGGAUGUCCGGGUAGUAAAAGAUGAUUCUAUCCAGGCUCGAUUCAUGAUCAAGCCUACGAGCGAUUGGCCGGAGUAUUGA